GCCGCCUGUGUUAUCGAUGCGUCGUGGGUUUAAGCAAAUUCAGCCUCUAGCACCAUGGCAUUGCUGCCGCUGUUUCUGUUUGUGUUUGAAAACGACGGAGAUGACAGUUUAACACAAUGGGUCAGAUUGUUCUCGGAGGACUGUGCUAUCCCAGGUCUCCCCUUGAUGUUGUACACGUGGGCAGGUGGGGGCACACUCUGUGGUGUGGCUGCCCUGGUGCUGCUCAUAGUUUCCACGGCGACCGACUUCUGGAUGCAGUACCGUUACUCGGGCAACUUGGCCAACCAGGGACUGUGGAGAUUCUGCAUCAACAACAAGUGCCAUGCUCACACUCUCACUGUGGCUUUCUGGGACGCCACGCGUGCCUUCAUGCUGCUCUCCAUCCUGAGCUGCUUUGCUGGAGUGGUGCUCGGCCUCAGCGCCUUCAGUGGAGCCAAGAGCAGGAGAGUGCGGACCGGAGGCAUCGCCCUGCUGCUGUCAGGUUUUCUAGCGCUGCUGGCUUUGGCAAUCUACACGGGGGUGACGGUGAACUUCUUUGGCAAGCGCUACAUCGACUGGCGAUUCUCCUGGUCCUACAUCCUGGGCUGGCUGGGCAUCAUCCUCUCCUUCACCGCUGGUGGGUUUCAGCUCUGUGCCUAUCAGAGGAAUACAGCAGAACCUCCACCACCAGACCUAUCAGACAGCUGAGCGCACACACACACACACACACACACACACAAACAAACACACACAUACACACACACACACACAAAUAAACAAACACAGACAGACACACAGACACACACACAUAGACACAUACACAUAAUCACAAAAACACAAACACACACUCUCUCAUCAGUGCCCUGCUGUUAUGGGAGCAGGUAGCAACUCUCAAUCUUUGAUGCUCUGAGGAGACUGCUGUCUACCCACUGAAACACUGCUGGUAUGGUGAAGCAGGGUCCAGACUCCACGACUGUAAAUGAGCAAGCAUGAAAAACAAAAAACAUUAAAAAAUAUGUUUUGGACAUCU